CAGAAAGCGACAAUGGGAACUCCUUCCGCGGACAGGAAGGCGCAGUUGGAUUACGGUGUCCAGAUCCGCUUCAUCAAAGACCUCCACGACACGGGCGGACUUCAACCUGAAAAGUCGAGGGGAAACAACGCGACGCCUCCGUCCAACAAGUACGGAGUGGCCGUGAGGGUUCAGGGCAUCUCUGGCCAGCCGUAUGUGGUUUUAAAGGAUGGGGAGAAAGGCGACUCGUACGGCGUUCAGCUGUCCAAUCCCACUUCAGGGCCCACGUCUCCGUACAACACUAUCCCGAAGCGUAAAAAAGAGCCGGCAGAUUUCCCAAACUCCUUCAGCCCCGUCGUGAAUCCUUCCCGCUCCCCUGUCUCUCCAGCAGAGGAGGAGGACGGGGAGAUUUUUGGGAGCCCCCUUAGAAGACCUCCAGGGGAUGGUCAAGCAGGAACUCAAGGGGAGGAGGAAGGCAGGGCUGGUAGGGAACGUCGGGCGGAGAGGCCGAAAGAUGAACCCCAACCCAAAGCUACAAUCGGCAAAACCGAUAGGAACAUGAAUGGAACUGAGGAUGAGGAGUAUAACGAAGCAGGACUGAAGCCCGUGAAGGCAAAAUCUGCGGGACCUAAAGGGUUUAACCGUACCGCUUCUGGAUUUACCGGUUCUUUGGGGAGGAAACCUGGCAAAGACUCGUCCCCAAAGCAUUUCCCGGAUCCUCCACCAGUGAUCGGCGGCGAGCCCGCCCAGGCAAUCGACACCAACUCCCUGGCGCCCAUCAACAAGCUCAUCAGCAAGUUCAACAACAGCGCUCCAGGCGGCGCCCCGCAGGCCAGAGGCCGCACCGGCGCCAGGCAGCGGCUCCAGUUCGAUGAACGCAGGAGGUCGAGGAGCCUCGACGCCCGGAAAGAUGCAGAGCCGCCUGCGUUCCCCGCCUCUCCUUCGUCGCCCGCUCUGAACCCUUACGCUGCUCCCGUAUCCGCCGCCUCCAGCUCGACGCCGUCUGCUCCAGCAGCCGCUGUCAAGGUGACGGCAUCCAACGCCCCCAAGGCAAGCUUCAAGUCACCAGAGAAGUCUGCCGCUAAAGACGGCCAUCCAACUAUUGCAAAAAAGCCUGAGACCCUUCCCAGAAGCCUGAGUCAAAACGCAGAGGUUUUCAAAAGAGAAGAGGCUCCGGUCAAAGACUCUGUUUACAACGUCCUCAGAAAUGGCCCCAGUGAGACCGAGGGAUCCUUCAAAAGAAAAGCCAGCUUCGCCUAUGAGACUCCUAACAGAUUACAGCAAGGAGGAUCCGAUGAAAGCGUCAAAAAGGAGAAACUUGAGGAGCUUCAGAGGCAACUCGAACGUUACAAGAAGGAACUGGAGCAGGCGCAGGAUGAACUCGCUGCAGAGCAAAUGGCCAAGGAGGUGGCAGAGUCCCGUCUCCGCCUUCAGGAGGAUCAACUGGCUCAGCUUCAGGAAGAGCUGAGGAGGGAUUCGGAGAACGUACCCCAGUCUGACUCCUUCCAGUCGGAUGUGAUGAACCUGCAGGCCCAGCUGGCUGAAGCCACCAUGUUAUACCAGCGCCAAGAGGAGGUGCUCCACCAGCGAGAGCGUGAGCUCACUGCCCUGAAGGGGGCGCUGAAGGAGGAGGUGGAGUGCCAUGAUCGAGAAAUGGAGGCUUUGAGGGAACAGUUCAGCCAGGACAUGAAGAACCUUAGGAGGAACAUGGAGGAGUUCACACAGUCGCAGGAGCUGAUCGAGGAGGAGCGCGAGAAGGUGAACGCCUCCCUGUUGGCGCUGGAGGAGGAGCUGGAGAGCAGCAGAGAUCAGGGGGAGCAGUGGAGGACGGAGCUGGAGGCGACCAUGCAGGAGCUGCACAACACCAGAGAGGAGAACCAAGAACAGUCUGGCAACCAAACACUGAAACAGUCUCGUUUGGAGAAGGAAAAGGCAGAGGAUUCGUUGCUUUCCGUGAAGAAAGAGUCGCCUGCAUCUGAUGAUACCAGUUCUUUAAAAGAGGAGCUUCAGCGUUGCCAUGACGAGCUGAAGCGAACCCGCACCGAUCUGGAGAGACAAAGGGGCGAGACCAAGGAGAAAACCGAGGCACUUGAAGCCCUGAAGAAGGCGAGCGGGGAGAAGGAGGCCGAGCUCCUGUCGGAGAUUAGCAAGCUGAAGGAGCAGUUUCAGAGAGACAAGGCCGAGCUGGAAAAGGCCCUCGAGAGGGCAAAGGAGUCGUCCAGUCCAUCUGCGGGAAAGACUGUGGUGGACGGCGGCGCCAACCAGGAGCUGCAGCAGGAAAACGCUCGCCUCAAAGAGAGGCUGGCCCGCAUGCAAACAAGGCUUCAGUCCAGUGUGCCGCGCAGCUCGGACGCUGAGGAGGAGCUGGAAGCUCUGGAAGACGAGAACCGCUCCCUGAAGUCUCAGCUGGAGGAGGCCAAGAGAGGCGCCACCCGCCUGACCAAAGAGCGGGACGACCUCACCCGGCGGCUGGAGGAGAGAGACCUGGAGAGGGAGGCGCUGAAACGGGGCAAAAGCGACCUGGAGGAGCAGAAACGGCUGCUGGACCGGGCUCUCGAAAAAAUUAACAAGGAGAUGGAGUUAAUGAUGGAAGACUCUCGUCAGUCCGUGACCACCCUGCAGACUCAGCUGGAUGAAUUCAGGGAGCGAUCAAGGAAAGACCUGCUGGAGGCGCAGCGCAACAACAAGGACAGAAUGGCCGAGCUUCAAAGGGCUCAGAGUAACCUGAAGGUCCAGCAGGAGGAGGUUUCCCGUCUUAAGAAGGAGCUGCUGACGUGCAGCGAGGAGCGAGACAGCGCUCAGCUGGAGCGUGAUCUCCUGAACAACCGGCUGAAACACUUGGAGAACGAGCUGGAAUCCGAGAGGAACUCCCACUCGGACCGCAGCCGGGAGGUUCGGGGCCUGGAGGAUAAAAUCAAGACGCUCGAGAUCGAGUUGGACGAGGAGAAGAGCGGCGUGGAGCUGCUGAAUGAUCGCAUAUCCAGAAGCAGAGAUCAGGUGGACCAGCUUCGCUCGGAGCUGAUGCAGGAGCGCUCCGAGAGACAUGACCUGGAAAUGGACAAGAGCGCUCUGGAGAGACAGUUGAAGGAGCUGAAGUCCCGCCUGGCUGACAUGGAGGGACAGACCCGACCCACAGCUGGAAUCACCCUGCUGGAAAACAAGAUCCAGGAGCUGGAGGAGAGACUCCGCAGCGAAGAAAGGGAGAAGACGAGUAUCCAGGCGUCCCAGAGACGAACCGAGAGAAAACUGAAGGAGCUAAACGCCACAUUAGACCAGGAGAGGAGCCAGCAUAUUGAGCAGAAGGAUCAGCUGACCCUCCGCGUUAAGGCCCUGAAGCGGCAGCUGGACGAGAGCGAAGGGGAGGUGGAGCGCUUGGAGGGAGUCCGCCGCAAGGUCCUCAGAGACCUGGAGGAGCAGCAGGAGCUCCAGGAGGCCCUGCAGGCCAAAGUCUCAGCGCUGGAGAAUGACGUGAAGCGCAAGUCGCAGCAAACUCAUCGCACCGCUCUGAGCACGGCCGCGUUCAGCUCCGAUGAGGAGGACGGCUUCUACGACGGCGGGAAAAUCCCUCCAUCCUGAGCGAGAGAGACGACCGCAAACGAAGACCCUCUGGAAAAAAGGACGAUGGAUUCAAAAGACAUCAGGGCAUCAACGCCUCGGCCGUGAAGAUCUUAGUUUUGUUUUUCAGUAGCGGGUCGAACAGAUUUGUCUGACUUUCCUGACUUUAACACUGCUGGGAUUAUGAUUCCCUCAGAGAUGUCGUCAUUUAUCUGUCUUGGUUUCUAAAGAUUCAGCAGCAUGAUUUAAAAAAAAUGUGUUUUGUUACUAUUACAGUGGUAGCGCAUUACUGCAGCAUGGUUAUUCGUCUCGGGUCUGUUUUACUCCUCAACCAAAGAGAGACCCGUCUGUUUUAUGUACGAACUCAUCGUUUUGCAUGAUAACUUAUAUUCUUCGGUUGCAGCUCUGUGCCUGUCUUUGUGUUUAAAGUGAACUUCUGUUUUUUUGUUGUUUUUUUUUGUUGUCUUUUAACGGUUUCUGACUGUGACAGUUUGGGCCAUUAAUCUGAGCCUGUAUUUUUACACUGUGUUACUUGUUCCCGAAGACAAUCAGAUAGACGUGCAGUAGCAAACAAACGUCUCCAUGUUUAAGAUUUUAUCGCUUUUAUCCACAUGUAUGGGUUGCAAUAUUUAGAAGUUUACUCACACUCGUCAUUGCAUUGAAUGUCAUCUUUUUUUUUUUAGCUUUAUUGCUUAGUUUAAACCUUUUUUUCCCCCCAGGGGACACAUGUUAAUACAACACAGCUUUAUUUGAAAUACAAGAAUUGAGUGCACAACUUUGGAUGUAAGAAUGAUCCACACAUACAUACAU